AUGACUAAAUUCAUUAAGUCUGUUCAAAUCCUUUUAUUUUUAUUAUUUUUGGCGUUUAUUACCAAAAAUGUUUAUUGUGAUGACAGCGAUGAUGAGUGUAGUAGUUAUUUUGGUUCUGAUGACGAAAGUGAUAGUGAAAGUGAAAGCGAGGGAGAAGAAUUUGAUGUAGAACCUCCUGCUGAAAAUGAUGAAGACAACGAUGGAGGAUAUGAGUCUGAUUCGUCUAUCGACUCAUUAGCAGCUCGGCAAUCUUUCUGA